UCUCUCAGAACGCUUCCGGGGUCGGUAGCGUGUCGCGUGAAUAGUUCAUUCAUUGAUUAUGUAGUAAAGUUUUAUUUUAAAACGAGCUUUUUGACAAACAACGAUGACCCUCACGCCUCAUGUAUACUGGGCUCAACGUCACGAAGAAAUUUACCUGCGCGUGGAGCUGACAGACGCCCAGGGUUUGUCAGCCUGAAAACAGGAUUUUUGUUCAUUUAUAACCUGGUGCAGUUUCUUGGGUUUUCAUGGAUCUUUGUCAACAUGACUGUGCGCCUCUUCAUAUUUGGCCAAGAUUCGCUCUACGACACAUUCCACACGAUAUCAGACAUGAUGUUCUUCUGCCAGAUCCUGACAUGUGUGGAAGUCCUGAAUGCUGCCUUUGGCUUCGUGCGGACAGCUGUUAUUCCCACUCUAAUACAGGUGGUUGGAAGGAAUUUUAUCCUCUUCAUAAUUUUUGGUAGUUUGGAAGAAAUGCAUCAUCGUCCAGUCGUGUUCUUCGUUUUUUAUCUGUGGAGCGCCAUAGAGAUUUUCAGGUAUCCCUUUUACAUGCUGGCAUGUUUCAAUACAGAGUGGAAAACCUUGACUUGGCUGCGAUACACGAUCUGGAUCCCUCUGUAUCCGUUAGGUGUUUUAGCUGAAGCCGUUGCUGUGAUCCAGUCCAUUCCCAUAUUUGACAAAACCCAACUCUUCAGCAUUCCUCUGCCAAGAGCCAUCGGUACCUCGGUCAGCUUCUCUUACAUCCUGCACGUCUAUCUAGUCCUCAUGUUUUUGGGACUUUUUAUCAACUUUCGUCACCUCUACAAGCAGAGGAAGAGGCGUUUUCGCACCAAAAAUAAGAAAGCAAAUUAAAACGAAGCACCAAUGCCUCUGCUGCCUGCUUAAUUCAGGACACUUUUAUAAAGAGCAUUAUGUUCUUAAAACUCGCUUCUGUCGACCGAUUGCUUUCCUUAUGAUGUUUUCUUUUUCACAUCCUGUUUAAUCUUACUAAAAUGCUUUCCUUUAUCUUCCAAACAAAUGAAAAAGUGUAAUUGGCUGGACGGAGAUGUUAAUUUCUCCUGYAGAAUAUUGAAAACUUGUCAGAACAUUUGACAAAAACGUGAUACUGUAUUUUUUGGAUUCUUGUUAGGAAGACCUCGCUGUCAUUGAUGUAUGAAUGGCAGAACAAUUAUCUGUAACAAUUUUAUGGUUUUAAUCUUUUUUUUUUGACCAAUUACAAAAACUGCUGGGCUCAAAUCAUAUGCGCCGUUAGGCUCAUCAAAAACAGUGCAGUCUCAUCUUCUUAUUCUGAUGAUUUAUACAGUUUGUUGAGCAAUUUAUGUCUUGGAAUGAAAAUUAAAAAUGUAAAAAAUA